AUGGAGUUGUUAGCCAGAGCAUUCUUUCUUGCACUGCUGCUCUGCUCCAGUGCCCAAAGCCAAAUGACUAUAACAUCUGCAGACUGUGCUGCUGUGGAAACGGAUGCAGGAGUGGCCCUGGAUUUGAUCAAUAAGCACCGCACACACGGCUAUCUUUUUAGUCUGUUUCGGGUGACUGAUGCCCAUGAGCAACAUACCGGGAAUUCGUCAUUCCUGUACUUAACUUUGGAUGUACUGGAAACUACGUGCUCUGUUUUAUCUGGGAAACACUGGGAAUCUUGUACAUUUCCCGAUCUCUAUUCAUUGGUCUUUGGGCAAUGUAAAGUGAUCAUGUAUACAAACAAAGAGUUCAAGAAAAAUUGGCUCUAUGGGUACAACUGCACUACGAGUUCAGUUCCUUACAAGUUAACCGAGUGCAAAGACUGCCCGGUACGAGCUGAAUUUUUAGAAGACAUUGAGGCAUACAGAGGGGAAGCUGAGCGAGCCUUGGUGAAAUACAAUGAUGAGAGCAACCACAUUAAGUACUUCAAGGUGGAUAAAGUGGAAAAAGCAAUAAGACUGACUGCAGAUCAUCGAGGACAUAUCAUUGAAUUCAGCAUAAAAGAGACCAGAUGUUCCAAGUCCACAUCCCAUGUGAAUGUAUCUGAAUGUGAUUUUCUAGAUGACGCACAUGCUCAUGUGGGAUUCUGUGAAACAAGGCUGUUGGUCAUCACAGAAGGUCCUGAGGCCAUCGAUAUAUCCUGUGAAAUCUAUGACACCCUGCUUGGCAGACACCCCUUCCUCGACGACCACCACCACUGCUACGGCCAUGGAUGCAGACAUCCCCCUGUAGGUCCAUCACAGAGAUGUCAUCAUCAGCACCAUCAUUUUGGCCGUGGACAUCAUCACAGACAUGUACACCAUCCCAGAUGCCCACCACCUCCAGGUGGUAAUCAGAUCCAUUCAGAAGGACCUGAGCAUCUCCACAAUUCCUCUGAAGAAGGACCUGGAUGCAGACAUCCCCCUGUAGGUCCAUCGCAGAGACAUCAUCAUAAACACCAUCAUUCUGGCCGUGGACAUCAUCACAGACAUGUACAACAACCUAGAUGCCCGCCACCUCCAGGUGGUAAUAGUAGUCAGAUCCACCCAGAAGGACCUGAGCAUCACCACAAUUCCUCUGAAGAAGGACCUGGAUGCAGACAUCCCCCUGCAGGUCCAUCACAGAGACGUCAUCAUAAACACCAUCAUUCCGGCCAUGGACAUCAUCACAGACAUGUACACCGACCUAGAAGCCCACCACCUCCAGAUAGUAGUCAGAUCCACCCACAAGGACCUGAGCAUCUCCACAAUUCCUCUGAAGAAGAAGGCCAUCACCAACACAGCCCUGGAGGACUACCUCCUCCACUACCUCCCCAUGGACCACAUGCACUUCCACCACCUCCAGGUGAAGUGACUCCCCCUCCUGUAGGUCCUUAUUUUCCUCCUCCACCACAUAAUACACCACUUCAUCCGCCCCUGGAGCCCCCUCCUCAUGCCCAGGAGAGGCACUCAAAAGAACAUGUUUUCUCCCCCAUACCAGGAUCUGUCCAUCGCAUUCCAGUCUUAAAUGAGCAAGAUUCCCUCCUGCCGCCCAUCAUAAACUUUCCUGAGCAUUCAACAAGGCCCCAUGAUCCAUUAGGCAGAGACCAGGAGUCCUCCUUGCUUGACAGAAGUCCAAAUAAGAAGCCAUCUCCUCUAGAUUUUCCACUGCACCUUUCACAAUCACCAUCUUGCCCAGGAAAACCCAAGUAUGAUAAACCCCUGCUUUUGUCUUUAUUUCCACCUCGACUUUCCAAGUAA